UAUGACGUCAACAGAAAUACGGAAUUAUCGAUAUUUGUGUGCAGUCCUGCUCCCUGCUGUUCAUCACCGUUUAGUUCUAGUAUUGCUGCUCCUUGGGGAGCUUAUUACAACUAUUACUAGAUUAUGGUAUUGAUUAGUUUUUGAAAUUGAUUAUAAUCUCCAAAAAUGUGUACAUCAUUAUCAGUGCUUUGUCAAACAAACCUCAAAUCCUGUAUUCUUCAAUUAGGGAACAAGCUGACAUGUUACAGCAAACUAUCCGGCCAUAUGAUAAAUAUUCGUAAUUGUCCAAUAAGAUUUUUCACAAAAAUAGAUAAUAAUGUUGUUAAUUUUACCAAAAAAAAGUAUGGCACUGCUGCUAGAGCAGGUUCACAUCCUGAUAGUUUUUCUAAACAAAAAGCUAAGGAAUUGGCAAUGAGGCUUACGUCUGAAGAACGCGAAAUGUUAGUAGCAACUCUUCAAGACUAUCAAUCACAAAUAAUUAAAGCCGAAUAUCAAGGUCAAUUGGCCGCAUUUCGAUGGAGAAGUAAGUUCGGUCGUCCAAGCAGUGUGCCUUCACUGGGUGAAGUGGAUCCUACAGGGAGCUAUUGUGCUGUACCUGAUGACUGGUUAAUGAAAAAAUAUGCGGAAACAGUUCCUCAACCCCGACGGCGUGAUUUAAUUUUGGUUUUUAUUAGCAAUGCCAUUCCUUUCAUUGGAUUCGGUUUUCUUGACAACUUCAUCAUGAUAAUAGCUGGUGAACACAUUGAAGUGAUACUGGGUUCAUUCAUGACUUUAUCAACAAUGGCAGCAGCAGCACUCGGGAAUACUAUUUCUGACGUCUUAGGGAUAGGAUUAGCAAAUUAUGUAGAAAGAUUAUCUCAGAAAAUAGGACUGCCUCGGAUUACGCUUACUCCAGUUCAGCUUGACUUACCUCAAUCCAGGAGAGCUGCGAAUCUUGGUCGAGUAAUUGGUGUGAUAAUAGGAUGUAUAUUAGGAAUGACACCAUUACUUUUUCUUCAUCAGGAGCCCAAAGAAGAUAAAGAUAAAGAUAAAUAAUUAAAUCUUGAGGCAGUACUUGUAGAUUUUUAAUUGUUCAUAGACUCUAUAUGAAAUCAAUUGUUUUUUAUAAUUUAUCAUUUUUUAAAUAGCCUCAUGGAUAAACGACAUAAAUAUUCAUGACAUUGGUUUAUGACUUAAUGUAUAUAGAAAUAUUGUUUUUUAAGAUUAGAGAUUUUAAGAUUUCAAGAAUUUUCAAUACUCUCUUUAUAUAGUAAAUUUUUUUAAUUAACACAUAAAUUAUUCCUCCAAUGUUUAUGUGAUAAAUUAUAAUUAGUGCAAUAGAAUGUUCAAUAAUAUUACAUUAGCAACUAAAUAAAUGAACUAAAAUAAAUUAU